AUGAGCGUGGCACAAUCAAGUCGCUCGCGGAACGCCGUAGCCGAGGCACGCAGCGAAGCGUCCGGCGCGGGUGCGGCCUCACCAUGGACCGAUAGCAAGGCUGCCAACCAUGUCGUGCCCGAGGACGACUCGACUACGACAUUUGGUCUUGUACGCUUCGAAUGGGAAUUGCUCACGCUCAGCACCGCAAUCAAGCUGCUCCUAUUCCCAACGUACCACUCAACCGACUUUGAGGUGCAUCGCAACUGGCUCGCCAUCACUCGAACCCUGCCAAUCCGAGACUGGUACUUCGAAGCCACUUCGCAAUGGACGCUCGACUACCCACCUUUCUUCGCCUACUUUUCUUGGCUCCUCGCACAACCGGCACCGCUCAUUGAUCCUUUGAUCGUGAGCUUACACGAAGGGCUCGAAUACGCUGCCUGGUCAUGUAAGGCGUACAUGCGAGCCACGGUCGUCGUCACGGAGCUGGUCCUCGCAGCAGCGCUGAUUGCUCACGCACGGCUUGGCGCGCAACGAACGACGAAGACCGGAUACGCUGACGAAGGCUUCACGGCAGGAGCGUCCACCUCACAGCUGCUGGCAGCGAGCCUGCUAAUGCAUCCUGGUCUGAUCAUCAUUGAUCACAUCCACUUUCAGUACAAUGGCUUUCUCUUUGGCGUCCUAGCUUGGUCCUUGUGGGCUGCUCGAGAAGACAAGCCACUAUGGUGUGCGUUCCUGUUCAGCUCGCUGCUCAACCUCAAGCAUAUCUACGUCUAUGUAGCACCGCCCUUCCUGGUCUUCCUCCUCCGGUCAUACGUGUUCCCAGUUGGUAGCCGUGCCAGCGACCUGGGCCGCAGCUUCGAGCGGCUCAUGACAGUGGGCGUGGUGACGCUGAUCCCCUUCUGCUUUAGUCUCGCUCCACUUGCGAUCGACGGCUUGCGACACGAGGCAGGCUCCGUCGGCGUACUAUCGCAGAUGGUGCAGAGGCUCUUCCCGUUCAGCCGCGGCUUGAUUCACGCGUACUGGGCACCGAACGUCUGGGCGCUGUGGACGUUGGCCGAUCGCAUCCUCGUCAAGCUGCUGCCGAGAGUUCCUGUCCUCCGAACACUCCUCCCUCCUAGCUUCCUAGCACGCUACGACGCCGCUGCCAUCUCUGGUUUCGCCUCAGCAUCGCGUGGACUAGUGGAAAACAUCUCGUUCGGAGUGCUCCCCGAGAUUAGGCCUUCAAUGUGCUUUCUGCUCACGCUGACUUGCAUGUCCGUGUACAUGGUCAAACUAUGGCAGACACCGACCUACCGUUCCUUCCUAGCAUCGGUGAGCCUUUGCGGGUUUGCAUCGUUCCUGUUCGGCUGGCACGUGCACGAGAAGGCGAUUAUGCUGCCGCUCAUCCCCUACACUUUCCUCGCAGCGGUGGACUUUGCCAACUAUCGAACAUUCGUCCUGCUCAGCACAGCGGGGAUCGUGUCGCUCUUUCCGCUCCUAUUCACGCCGCAAGAAGGGCCGAUCAAGAUUGGAUAUUCGAUCGUGUGGGCCAUGUUGGUGUUCGGCACGCUCCAGAAGCGCGUGUUCAGACCGGUGCAGUCCAAUUUGGGGAUUUUGGUCCAUCAGCUCGAGACGCUGUACCUAUGGGGAUUCGUGGGAUUGCAAGUGUAUGUGUCGAUCGUACAUCCGAUGGUCUUUGCGCAGAAGUUCGGUUUGACCGUGGCAAUGCACGCGGUUGAGGCUUCCGAUACGAGCUCGAAUUCAACCGCGGCACUCAAAGGCGUCUCGAAGAUCUCGGCUGACGUCCCAUCCGAGGCGGCAUCGGCCACGCCGGCAGCGUCAGCAAGCGUCGUCGAUACCAUCUCGGCCAGCCUCUUUGCGGCUGGAGCAACGUCAACGAUCGGCACUCCGACGGCAUCGGCCGCUGGAGAGAGCACAUUAGACCCGGCCGAGGCCGCGGUCACUGUCAGCUCUGCCGAGUUCGAGGCGCCUCAACCGGCAGCAACCCAUUCUGCCGACCUGCUGUCUGUUACAGCGACUGCUACAGCCGAGCAGGAUGCGUUUUCAAUAAAUCAAGCGAAGACGAGAGAGCCAGUGCUCGAGUCAGGGUCUGACUCUACGGCACCCUCCUCAUCGAUGGAGUUCCUGCCGCUGAUGAUGGUGAGCGUGUACUGCAGCAUCGGCGUCAUCUGGGCAUGGCUUCGUGCUUCGGCUUUGUACCUCUUCACCGAGUCCUGA